ACUGUAUGACUGUAUGACUGGCUCUGUGUUCAGGGAUUGAGAGCAGAAAUGGCUGAACACUGACUGAGACAACAACACAACCGUUAACAUCAAGACUGAAGACACCAUCAGUUGGUCCAUCACUCCCACAGUGAACCCAAGAGUGAAUGAGUGGUCGUAUCGCUUGUAUGAAGAGUCCGAGUAUUGAUAGUGAUCUAAAAGUGGAGACAUCGGCGGUAAACGAGUUGACCGUUGCUUUGAGCCAAUCUCGACCUCACAGUCAUUGUUAUCAUAAGACCUGUUGUCACGACUGUCACCACAUCCACACCAGUGACCACACCAUCGCACGCCAUGAGAACCAUUUCGUCGAUGCAUUUGUCCGACAACUCCACUGAUGAUGAUGGCUGUUAUAAUGUGUCCCAAAGUAGGAGCGAAGUGUCGCUCACUUCGGCUCCCAUUCCAAUACCAGACACUGGAUCUCAGAAACGACAGCAACAACAACGAAGACGAAAGAAGAAGCGCACCAGUAGUUCGAGUCUAACCGCCAACACCUUCUCCGACCUCUACUCCCUGACCGGCGAAUUCCUGGGAGAGGGCGCCUACGCCUCCGUACAGGAGUGCAAAAACAACUACACCGGCAAGAAGUAUGCCGUGAAAGUGAUCGAUAAGAUCCCCGGCCACCACCGGUCGCGGGUGUUCAGGGAGAUCGAGAUCUUCUAUCACUGCCAGUCCCACCGCAAUAUCAUCCAAUUGGUCGAGUUCUUCGAGGAGACCACCAAAUUCUACCUGAUCUUCGAGAAAGUGAAUGGCGGACCACUUCUGGCGCACAUUCAAAAGCGGGUGCACUUCACUGAGAACGAGGCCAGCCUUAUAGUACGUGAUAUCGCCAAUGCUCUUAAGUUCCUCCACCACAAGGGGAUUGCGCACCGGGACCUCAAACCUGAAAACAUACUGUGCUUUAGUGAGAACCAGGUCUGUCCCAUCAAAAUAUGUGAUUUCGAUCUCGGGUCAGGUGUUGUGCUCAGCGAUUCGUCCCCAAUCAGCACUCCAGAACUCUUAACACCGGUCGGAUCCGCUGAAUUCAUGGCACCAGAAGUUGUGGAGGCCUUCAUCGGUGAGGCCUCUCCUUAUGAUAAACGAUGUGAUUUGUGGUCAUUGGGAGUCAUAACAUACAUCCUUUUGUGCGGUUAUCCGCCAUUCUAUGGCUGUUGUGGCAGUGACUGCGGGUGGGAGAGGGGAGAGUUCUGCCAGUCGUGUCAAGACCAACUGUUCACUUGUAUCCAAGACGGCACGUAUGACUUCCCUGAGCGCGACUGGGCCUACAUUAGCGAAGACGCCAAAGACUUGAUCCGCCAUUUGUUGGUGAAGGACGCGAGUCAGCGCUACACCGCAGAGAUGGUGCUGAACCACCGGUGGGUGGCGUGUGGGGGGCCCCGCACUCUGCUCGAGACCCCACGAGUUAUUCGUCGCAAUAAUAGCGCUAAGGAUUUGGCGGCGUUUGCGGAGAGCGCUAACGCUAUGAAGCGUUUGGUUCUCCGACACCAGACAUAUAGCACUGACUUCUCAUUCAAACCCAAACUCUCUUCACAUCACGAGAACGCCAACGAAGAGAGCGACCAAAUGGCCAUUUCCUUCAAUAUCCCCAUCACUCCCACCUCAGAGUCGGGAAGCCUUUCGCCGCCAAUUAUGAUGAACUCGUUUUCCGAGAAGUGUCUCAUGUCUGGUCCCCUUCCCAUCGACCCAAAGAUUGCUCAAAAUCGAGUCAUUCGCACGACUCUCAGUCUCGGCAGAAGUUUCGGUGAAUCAGAACUCAUGGGUUUCUGAAAAGUUUGCUUUCCUUCAGAUUUUCUAUUUUUAGAUAUUCUCACAAAACAUGUUUCAAAUUGAAUCACUUUUUCUAAGUUUUCUGGACUAAAAUUUUCUAUGUUUUCAAACUUCCGAUAGACUUAUUCAAAAAUCCAUUCAUAUAAUGGACACAUUUAUUACAAAAAUAUUGAUUUUCCAAAAAGUUUUUCUAAUUUAUUUGAAACACGUUUAACUAUUGAUUAGUAUUUAAUUUGAUAACUAAACGAAUACAUAUUUUGAAUACAAUCUCCAAAUGAGAGGUCUAUCUCUCCUCCGAAUAGAGUACUCGAACUCUUGUGUCGAAAAUGUAUAAAUCAAUCAAAACUUCCAAACACUAAACACAACUUUUUUACCGCAAUUCAUUGACAACACAUUUGUCUGCAUUUCUCAUUAAACAGAGCUUU